AUGGAUCCCGCCCGCGCUUUCCGAUUCCCAGCUGUCCGAACUCCUUCAAGUAUAACUCCUUCAAGUGCAGGCUCCUCCGCAUCGUCUCCAACCUCCCCAAUCACUCCUGGUACGGAGAUUGAACCUGGACCCAAGUCUCCUACGCUUUCAACUAUCUCAACCCUUGUGGCCCGUAAAUCAUUUGGCGCGGAUAGCGUAGCAGGAAUGCUUUGUCAAAAGAUUUCAUCAACCGUUCUUCGACCAUCACUUCCGGGAAACCACUCCGUUGACUGGACAAUGAGUGGAUCACCCCCUAAUACAACUGGUAUCAGCGCCAGUCGAAGUUGUAGCGGACUGGUCAAGAUUCAAAACGACGUGCGUCAUCGUCGUGGUAUUGCACGCUCAGUGACGGGGCCAAUCACCCAAUUCUUUCACCUCAAUGGUGAAGAUGAAGAGAUGGAGAAUGAGGAUGGUUGGGAUUUCAUAUGCUGUGGCGAGGCUCCCUGUCGGCCUGAACGUCGAGCGGGAUGGCUUGGAACCCUAGACUUUGACGAAGAAACCACAAAGCUCGCUCCUGCAAAUUCCAGUGUCCCUCUCGCCACCACUAUCACUGCCUCUCCUGACGCCAUCAGUGCCUUGGGUAGCCCCUGGUCCCCCGACAAUAAGUGGGGCAAAGCUUUGGAUCCAGCCGCGGCAAGUUUACAUCCUGGAGGAUCACCACCUGCCCUUGCUUCCCCGGGCUGGUCACCUGCUUCGGGCGAAGGCCCACUACUCUCACCAAGCUCCUUCUCCAGCUUCCGUGGUCACUACUUUGGCCUACCUGGCUCCCCCUUACCCUCAUUGGAGGCUGUUCAUGCGAUGUAUUCCACUCCACCUCAGAGAAUUCCGUCCAAGGGUUUUGCGGUCCAAAAGGCUGGCCCGACUCGCCGGAUCAAAGUCUCAAUCGAUUCCAUUUCCGCCCCAAUCAUCGCAGAUUUCAAUAAUAUUCAAAUCUGA